UAUGUCAGCUCUUACGUUCCCAAUCGGACCAGUUCAUCACUUGAUGCCGGUUCUAGCUCUUGGAACCGCUGCGUCACCUCCACCAGAGCCGAUGGUGCUCAAAAAGACUGUGUUGGAGGCCAUUAAGCUCGGUUACCGUCACUUUGACACGUCUCCGAGGUAUCAGACUGAGGAGCCGCUAGGUGAUGCUUUGGCUGAGGCGGUUGGUCUUGGCUUAGUUGAAUCUCGAUCCGAACUCUUUGUUACUUCUAAGCUAUGGUGUGCUGAUGCUCAUGGCGGCCUUGUUGUACCGGCGAUCGAACGGAGUUUGAAUAAUCUUAAACUGGAUUAUCUCGAUCUCUACCUAAUCCAUUGGCCGGUUAGCUCGAAACCCGGCAAAUACAAGUUUCCUAUAGAAGAAGAUGAUUUUCUACCAAUGGAUUAUGAAGCAGUUUGGUCAGAGAUGGAAGAGUGCCAAAGACUUGGAGUUGCAAAGUGUAUUGGAGUAAGCAACUUCUCAUGCAAGAAGCUCCAACACAUACUCUCUAUCGCAAAAAUCCCACCUAGCGUCAACCAAGUGGAGAUGAGUCCAGUAUGGCAACAGAGAAAGCUGAGGAAACUUUGUAAGUCAAAGGGCAUUGUUGUGACGGCUUACUCGGUGUUGGGAUCGAGAGGAGCCUUUUGGGGAAACCACAAGAUCAUGGAGUCUGAUGUUCUUAAAGAAAUUGCUGAGGCCAAGGGUAAAACUGUAGCACAGGUGAGUAUGAGAUGGGCUUACGAGGAAGGAGUGAGCAUGGUGGUGAAGAGCUUUAGGAAAGAGAGGUUAGAAGAGAAUCUGAAGAUAUUUGAUUGGUCUUUGACAGAAGAGGAGACACAAAGAAUCUCUACAGAGAUUUCUCAGUCGAGGAUCGUUGACGGAGAGGUUUACAUUUCCGAGAAAGGUCCAAUCAAAUCUGUCGCUGAGUUGUGGGACGGUGAGAUUUAAAAUUACUUCCUUCGUGUCAAUGAUAUGGGCCGGUUCUUAAAAUUUUAGUCUUUGAUUAUUUUAGUUUGUAAAGUCGUAUUUUCAAUUACGUAGGU